AUGGAUGGGAAAGGAUCUCAAAAACGCGAUGGUCGUCGCGGUCGACACCAAGGCUCUGGAUCCUGGCGAAAAACCCCGGAUUCCUCGCAGCAAGAUCGUAAGCAAGGCCGCCAACAAGACAAUCAACAAGCUAAUCAGCAAGUUCCCCGGCAAGGCAACCAGCAAACUACCCAGCAAGACCGCCAGCAAGACCGCCAGCAAGACCGCCAGAAAGAUUACCAUCAAGAUUACCAGUCAUUCCGUCAGCCGAUUCAGCAGCCGAUUCAGCAGCCAGCUCAACAACUAGUUCAACAGCAAGUCCAACAGCCAGUCCAACAUCUAAGCCACGAAUCCAGUUCCGGAUCUAGCAGUCAGACCCUCACCGAUGGUAAUCAUGCCGCUGUGAAAACUCUCAUCGAGGAGGUUAAUGCCCUAAGACACACUAUUGAAUUUGUCGGACAGCGCAAUGUCGAGACACUUGCCCAAUUCGAUGCAUUGAAGAAAGAAUUCUCUAGCUUGAUGCAGAAAUACACGCGCCUCGAGUAUUCAUUCAAACAGAGCGUCGUCAACAUCCCAGGGGGUGAUCAGAUCCUACAGUCCAUGGAAGCAAACGAAAAGCGCAGGCGACGCACAGCCAGCAACGCGGUAGCAAUCCCUAUUGCAACCUCUAGUCAGUCUCGGCCUAGUCAGUCUCAGUCUCAGCCUAAUCAAUCUCGGGACGAGAUGCUACCCGAAGAGAAGCUUUACAUUGAUAACAUAAUUGACUUCUGCUACGAACUUCUCCAUCAUCAAGUUAGCGUAACUAAUGAACUCCGCGAGAAGCUCGACCUGGCGACCCAAGAAAACGCCGAGCUUCGUGCUCGCCUUCAGUCUAACUCUUAG